UCUCGUUUAAAUGACAGCUCGAAGCGAAGCAUGAAUCAGUUAUAAAAAAUUCAUACUAAACUCCGCUAGUACGAAUUCUAAUUUAAACGACCUCUGCUUUUUCGAAAUUGGUUCGUUUUUAGAUACAACUGAGAAAGACUUGUUGAAAAGCUAAAUUUAUGUUUCCAAAUCUUUACUUCUAGAGAGAUCUACUUGAUAUCUGAAUUUUCAUUACACAUCUAUUCAUCCAUCAUCAAAUCUUUUUGGUCAAGUUGGUUGGAUCUCUUGCAUAGUUAAUCUCGUAUAUUAAUUUUUAUAUUCAUAAUCUUCGGGUUCACUUCUGAAAAUAUAAUUGGAAGGAAACAAAAAAAAAACAAGAUCGGACUCAAGGAGACUCAUCGUUAUGGACGCACAAUCCGGUACUAUUUUCAUUGACGCUGUCAAGGAAAAAGACCCUUCAAACUUGAAGCCUUUAAAGCCAAUUGUGGAGGAAUUGGGUGAUUCGUCUUUAAACGAAGACGAUAAGCUAGUUGAACUGGGAUAUAAACCCGUUUUUAAACGGGAGUUUUCAACCUGGGCUACCUUUUCAUUUGCAUUUUCAAUUUCUGGGUUAUAUGCCACAAUUAUCACUACCUUCUCUUAUCCUUUGGUUGCCGGUGGUGCUGCCGCUAUCGUUUGGAGCUGGUUCAUUGGCGGUGUUGGUUGUAUGUGUAUCGCUCUUUCGGUUGCAGAACUUGUAUCUGCUUAUCCUACAUCAGGUGGACUCUACUUUACAUGUAAGAAUUUGGUACCACCAAACUACAUGCCAGUUGUUUCUUGGGUAGUAGGCUGGCUUAACUUAUUGGGUCAGGUUGCUGGUGUAAGUAGCACCGAUUGGUCUUGCGCACAGCUACUGCUUUCUGCUGUGUCCGUUUCUAAAGAUAUGACUUAUCAGCCCACAAAUCGUCAUGUCGUAGGUGUGAUGGCUGCGAUUAUUAUGUUUCAUGGAUUCAUCAACUCUUUGUCUACUCGUUGGCUUGAUCGUAUUACCCGGUUCUAUGCUGCCUUUCACUUACUAGUUCUCCUUAUCUGUAUCAUUUGCUUGUUAGCAAUGUGCAAGCAUUUCAACACUGGAAAGUACGUAUUUACUAGCGUAGAGCCGUCUAGUGGUUGGAAGCCAACUGGAUUCUCUUUUCUGUUUGGUUUUCUUAGUGUAGCAUGGUCUAUGACUGAUUAUGAUGCUACUGCACAUAUCGCCGAGGAAAUCGAAAAUGCUGCUGUUCGUGCACCUCAGGCCAUUGCACUUGCUUUAAGUUUGACGUAUUUUUUGGGAUGGAUAUUUAAUAUUGUUCUCGUUUUUGUUAUGGGAACGAACCUUGCUAGUCUCAGUCAGUCUUCUAUUGGGCAACCCGUUGCUCAAAUAUUUUACGAUGUUCUCGGUAAAAACGGAAGCUUAGCCUUUAUUAUCUUUGCUUUUGUUAUUCUCAAUUUCACUGGUGUAACUUCUAUGCAGGCAAACGCUCGCACAAUUUGGGCGCUUUCAAGAGAUCAAGCUCUUCCUUUUUCUCGUUAUUGGUACAGAAUUAACAAAACAACGACUACUCCUGUGAUUGCAGUAUGGUUGAACGUUUUAUGUUGUAUUGGUUUAAACUUGAUUGGUCUUGGCAGUAUUGAGGCCAUUGAGGCUAUCUUCAGCGUAACUUCCAUUGCAUUGGAUUGGAGUUAUGUAAUCCCAAUUGCUUGCAGAUUAAUUUUUGGUAAAAGAAUGAACUAUAAACAUGGUCCUUGGAAUUUGGGAUGGCUAUCGAUGCCUGUUAAUGCUUUUGCGGUAGCAUGGACUUCAUUUGUGUCUGUUAUUUUUGUUAUGCCUAAUAUCCGUCCAGUAACUCCUGAGAACAUGAACUAUGCUAUUAUUGUUCUUGCAGGUGUUUUACUAUUUAGCCUUGUAUACUGGUGGUCUGGUGCUAGAAAGAAUUAUAUUGGUCCUCGAGUAAACGUUGAUAUGGACUCCGAUGAUCCAUUUAAAAUGAAAUAAGGAUUUUCAAAAAAUUCUAUUUCAUUUGUUCCCUAGCCCUCCAUUUUUUUACGAGUUAUUUAAAAGUAUUUCAACUUGACACUCUUCUCUUCGAUUUUUAGCAUAUUUAAGAUAAUCUUUAGCGAAGGUAUAGCGUCUUAUAUGUAUUGUUUUAAUGACUGAUCAGGAUAUUAUUAGCUUAUAUACAACCCGUUUUUCUUAAACUUCAUCAAGGUACUCAUGUUAUCAUCAUUCGUCGUCGUCA